AUGGACGUUUCCGCACCAACACCAGUGCCGAGAAAGGUUCCGAGCGCCUGCCAACGGUGCCGACGACAGAAGCUCAAGUGCGAUAUCCAGCGCCCUUGCAGCCUUUGUGUGAGAGCCGGAGUUGAAUGCUCCGCUGCGGAAAACUCGUCCAUUUGGAAGCCGCAAUUCCCGUGCCAGCCUUCUCAAGGCAACAGAAGCCGGAAGAGAACGGCGACGGCUGCGCAGCAUGCGCAGAAGAGGGUGCGUCGUGCAGUUCCGGUGCGUAAUAACACUGCCGGGGUUGCGCCGCCGGUGCCGGACCCGGAACCGGAACCGGAAUCGAGUCUCCAGCGUCAAAUCUCUCCGGUCGAAGACGACUCUGCUGGAGGUCCUGAACACUCGCCGGAUCCGGGACCAGCGGGAAGCACUUCUGUCGGCAACGUCACUGAACAAAGGCCGCCCAGUGUGUCGGCAAUUCCUGACGUGUCCUGGAUUUCUAGCUCAGCUGCUAUAGAUUUUGCGGAAGAGGCAUUUCACCAACACGAAACAGCCGCACUUGAGGAAUCUGAGACUUCGGCAUUUUCCGCAUGCCAGUGGGCGCAAGCACGGCCAGCCGACCGUGGAAAUUUCCCCGUGCUUGCCCAAACACUAAGCCUAGGAUCUCCCAGCAUGGCUCGAUCCAUCAAAUCAUCAAAGCGAGCUGAGGUAGAACUUAUGUCAAUCAUUCCAGCACUUGAGCCUGCCACGUUGCUCGUGAACAACUAUUUUGACAGAAUCCAUUGGUUCAUGUUGGUCUUUCAUCAAACCGAUUUCAUUGAAGGGUUCCACCAGCUAUACACCAGACUUGGACACCAUCCAACGGAGAUGAAUGUUCGUCUCGGCUUUCUCAGUGUGUUCACAUCCGUCUGCAUUGUCAGUUUGCGAUACACAAAUGCCGAACAGAGAGCAACACUGGCAGGCUAUGGUGUUCAUCCGGACAACUUGCAAGACAGACUCCUCACUGCUUUGAGAUUGAGGCUCUUUGACGUUGUUUCGCUUGGUUCCAUUGAAGCAAUUCAGACCUGCGUUCUCCUGGGCAGCUUCUUCUUAUAUCAUGGAGAACCCGAGCUCGCAUGGCCAAUAUGCGGAUGCGGGUUGCGAAUAGCACAGGCCUUGAAUCUUCAUCGACAAAAGUCCGCAAGGUCAUCUGCCUCGCCAGAUCUGGAUGAUCCCGUCCAGCGAGCCGAAGAGACAAGGAAGCGGUGCUGGUGGGCCGUAUACGAAAUCGAAACAUUCUGCUCAAUGCUGUACGGUUUUCCUCUGAGCAUAUCAGACGACGACUGUGACGUUCAGCAUAUUGACCCGUAUCCGGUGAGGUCAAAAGAUCCAACUUGGGAGUCUGCGACUUGGCGGGCAACUGGUCAGGCUACACUGCUCUCUUACAAAUUUUCCAUGGUCCAACUGUCGACAAUUGUCAAGUCAGCACUGACAGACCUGUAUGGGCUACGCCAAAGCCUGCCUGGAAAAGGCAGUGCCAUCCGGAAUGACGGAUCAAGAUUGCAGAACCUGAUUGCAGGUGUGAACAGACUCGAUUCGAGGCUUCAACAAUGGUACACAAGCCUCCCCAAGCAACUGCAGUCGGAAAAAAACGAAGUCCCUGCACCUGCACAAGGAUCGAAUCCCGCUGCAUCAAUGCAACGACACCUCUUUCAACUUCAAGCGCUUGCGCUCAAGCUUGCCUUCGAAAAUGCCAGGAUUCUCGUGCACAGGCCUCUCUUAUCCUAUAAGAUGGUAGCGUCUCACGGAAUUCCUGAAGGGCAGAGCUCUUCUGCCACUUCGCCGCCUGAUCCAUUCCGUGUGUCGACUGUGAUCUGUAGAGACGCCGCCCUACAGAUAGCCAAAGUUGGCUCCACGCAGGUUUUCAAAGAUGCUGCAGAUACAUAUGCAGUUUCCUUCAUUUCUCUGCAUCUUUUCACUGCAGGUGUUACGUUAUCCAUCAUGACGAGCCCAGACCCGCUCAGUCAAGCAUCACAUGAAUCAAAACUCGGUAUUCGACGCCUAAUGGAGAUGCAGUCGCGAUUGAAGUCCAAAUCAAUUGUUGCUGAGCAGGGCCUUGGGAUUCUGAAAAAGUUGAUGUCGCUUGUGUUGUUGAAAGAAAAAGAGAAGAUGUUUGAGUUUCCUGAAGGGCCUGUGGACGAAGAGCGAGGGCGUGAGCCAGCAAACUCUCGAUCCGGAUUUGAGACAAUGUCAAUCGCUGAGGCUGACAGUCAUGGGGCGGGAAGCGGUCAAUCAGCAGUAAUGCCUGAGAGACCUGCAGAUCAAAAUUCGCAACAAACAGUUGAGAUUAGGCCUUCUGGAGUUGAGCCAAUGCAGCCGGCAACCACGAGUAAUACCGAAGAACUGCCUUUCGACUUUUGCGAGGAUCCAAUAAUGGCGCAAGCACUUAUUGACUUUGAACAGGCAAUGACCAACGUCCCAGAUGCGUCAUCUGGGGAUGUAUUUCUUUCUUUCAAUGAUGAGUUUUCCGCCGAAAGUUGUUUCAGUGGACAGGAUCAGAGCUGGAUCUGGGGUACGAAUCUGUAUAGCUGAAAAUUCGAAUCGAAUCUGGGCUUGGUUUGCCU